AUGAUUGUGUACAAUCCGUCAAAGCCAACGGGAAAAUAUCAUUUUCGUUUCUAUUGCCUUUGCGAAGCUGAUCACUACAAUUGCAUUCGACUUAUUGUUCAUACUAAGUCAGGCUGUGACAAGGCCGAUGGAUUUGUGGACCCCACUGUGGAAGAAACUGGUAGUGAUUUUGAGGAGAUGUAUUCAUCAGAUUCAGAAAAUGACAGUGACAGUGAUACUGGGUUGUUUCAGGACACUGCUUGGACCAAGUCACUAACAAAAACUAGCCAGUUAGUGCUUGAUAUUUGUGAUGUGCUUGAUGGCAGCGGCAAGGUUGUUAACAUGGACAACUAUUAUACCUCGCCCCAGGUUCUCAUUGCCCUGAAGAAGAAGAAUAUUUAUGCAAGGGGUACAUGUCGCAAGAACAGGAAGAUGUAUCCCCAGGCCGUGACGUUCAAUAACCAAGAGUGCAAAGAUCUGCCAAGGGGUUCUGCAAAGAUUGCCACCAACCAGAAGCAUAGUCUGGUUGCAUUUGGUUGGACCGAUGGUAAUCCGGUGCACUUCAUCACAAGUGCAGAUGGAAAUGAGAUGGGAUCAGUGAAGCGUUUGGUAGGUUCAAAACGAAAUACCUUCCCAGCUCCAGCUGCUAUUCAACGAUACAAUCAUGGCAUGCAGGCCGUUGACCGGUUUGACCAAUGGGUCUCUCUCUUUUCCCUUGCUCAACGUCACCAUUUCAAAAAAUGGUACAAGAAGAUGGCCAUGGCACUGUUUGAUUUUGGUCUCACAAACGCCGAGCUGCACUACUUCAUGGUGCACCCAAGGGAAAGAAAAGAAAAGUGUCACCGUUAUGAUUUCAGAGAUCUACUAUGCCAACAACUAGAGGACACGGAAUGGAGAAUGUAUGAAAGUGCUUCUCAAGAAGAGAUCAUGCACAAGUUAGGUGGUGCCUUUGACACUGCGGAUAGUGCGGACGCGGAUGCAACAAACCUAGUGGCUGGUACCAUUACUUGUAAAUUCAUCCCAUCUGGUAGUCAACCCACAACCAGGGGAGGGAAAGGCAAAUCAAAAAUAUCUCAAAAGGGAAAGAGUUGUCAUGUUUGUAAUUGGGAACGCCAGUACCAAAAAGCAAAGCAUGUUUUUUUUGGUCAAUCCCAUUAUGUCAGGGCAUGCAUGGAGAUUCCAUCAAUUGACUACACUAAGGUGCCAGCUGAAGCCAGCAAACGGAGGGACGAAAUACAAAAAAGCGAACCUGAGGAGUUGGAUUGGCUCUGUCCAAAUAGGAAUCUUACAUGCUGGGAGAAAGCCCAUCAGUUUUAUAUUCCUAAAGGUCUCUGGGGAGAAGACCAUUCAAGGACUUCUCAUCGCAAAAAUGCAAGAAUAGCUCUAGCCACAUCCCGAAAAUGCCAGCUAUAUCACUCAAAAGAUGCCUGGAUGGUCUCCCAUGGUUUCAAAAGUAGGAGAGCUGUUCCAACUGGUGGUUAUAGGCCAGCUGGCAACCGUCAACAAAACUCAUCCAAUCCAGAUGAACAACCAAUGACUCUUGGUCAGAGUGUUGGUCAAGUUGAGCAUUUAUAG